AUGGCGGUCGAGCAGACUGGCCAACCGUGCUGGCGCUUCAAGAAAAAGGAGGAGAAGAAUGGUCGUGGCUACUGUCCGAUGCACCGCACAGAUGCCCACGACUUGACCGAAUGUAAAGUCAUGUGGGGCAUCAUCGACAAGGAGCUUGGAGAGCGUAAAUCCAGGCACGAAGAGGAUGUUGAGGACGAGGGCAACCCUGACAAGUUGGCAUGGGCAAAGCCAGUACUCUCUUGCACUUGCACCCCACACCCCACCCCCUCCAAAAAAAUAUAUAUAUUUUCAACCAAAACGUACGCCCGACGACCAGCUCCGCGCCAUACUUUAAACGAGCGAGCACCGAGAAGGCGAGGGAAGCAAGCCAACUCCAUCGGACAAGCCCGCACCCUCACGAGACACCGGCCGUCUCUCGCGGCGAGCGCCACCGCGUCGUGUGAUUGUGUCAACAUGAGGUGCCGGCUGUUUGUGUGCCUCCUCCUCCUCCUCGCGCUCGCGGGGCAGCGGGCGGCUGUGGCGCUGGAGUACGCGGCCAUCUUCAACUUUGGGGACUCCCUCGUGGACGCCGGCAACCUCGUCGUGGAUGGCAUCCCGGACUACCUCGCCACGGCGCGCCUGCCGUACGGCAUGACAUACUUCGGCUACCCCACUGGACGAUGCUCCGACGGCCGCCUCGUCGUCGACUUCAUCGCGCAGGAGCUGGGGCUGCCACUUCUGCCGCCGUCCAAGGCGCGCAACGCGACGUUCCACCGUGGCGCCAACUUCGCCAUCACGGGCGCCACGUCGCUGGACACGCCCUUCUUCCAGAGGCGCGGGCUGGGGCACACGGUCUGGAACUCGGGCUCCCUGCACACCCAGAUCAAGUGGUUCCAGGACAUGAAGCCCUCCAUCUGCAACUCCCCGCAAGAGUGCCGGGACCUGUUCCGGCGGUCGCUCUUCAUCGUGGGCGAGUUCGGCGGGAACGACUACAACUCGCCGCUCUUCGCGUUCCGCCCGCUGGAGGAGGUGCACACCUUCGUCCCGCACGUGGUUGACUCCAUCGGCAAGGGCAUCGAGAAGCUGAUCGCGGAGGGUGCGGUGGAGCUGGUGGUGCCCGGGGUGCUGCCCAUCGGUUGCUUCCCCGUGUACCUGUCCAUCUUCCGCAAGCAGCCUGAGAUGUACGGCGGGCGGAGCGGGUGCAUCAAGGACCUCAACACGCUGUCGUGGGUGCACAACGCCGCGCUGCAGCGCAAGAUCUCCGAGCUCCGGGCCAAGCACCCCGACGUGCGCAUCAUGUACGCCGACUACUACACGCCGGCCAUCCAGUUCGUUCUCCGCGCCGAGAAAUAUGGAUUCCUUCGGCAGACGCCGCGGGCGUGCUGCGGGGCGCCGGGCGUGGGGGAGUACAACUUCAACCUCACCUCCAAGUGCGGCGACCCGGGGGCGUACGCGUGCGAGGACCCCUCCAACCACUGGAGCUGGGACGGCAUCCACCUCACCGAGGCGUCCUACGGCCACAUCGCGAAGGGCUGGCUCUACGGGCCCUUCGCCGAUCCGCCGAUCCUCGACACCCGGCGCCAAGGUUAACAUCUUCAUCCGGCGCCGGUCGGUCGGUACAGGAUGCUUGGAUAGGAGACACCUGGGUGUUGAUUAUUGUAGAGGGGAAAGGAAAGGAAAGGAAACCAAGAGAACAAACAAACAAGCGUGCCCUGUUCAGAUUAAUUAAUUGGUUUUGAUAAUGAUUUAAUAAUUAAUAAUUAAUUACAAAUAAUGUAUAUCCUGAAGGUA